AUGUGUCUGGCGACGGUUUGGAGAUUUUGGAUGGUGCUGGGGUUGGUGUCCGGGAGCCUGAGUCGGGGCUGUGAGAGGCUGCAGUUACAGCAAGUUCUCAACACAGAGACUCUGAGCAAACUGCACAAAAUGGGAGGUCAUUUCCCCCGACAUUGCAUAAGGCAGAGGCUGUCACUGAAAACUAAGCCCUUGGAUCUGGUGAAACUUUCCGACGGAUUUGAGACUCAGGAAAGGACUGCGAUUAUCCAUCAAACGCUGCACCACAUCAACAAGAUCUACAGCAUGAACCUGGGUUCAGUCACUUGGGCCUGGGACCAGGUUGAAAAUUUUCGUCUUCUCCUCGAUCAACAGCUCAGAGAGUUGCAAGUCUGCCUGAGGAAAUCAGGAUCUGACCACAAACUAAAGAGAAAUGCUGCCAUUCAACAUUACUUCAGGAACCUGAAAAAGUUUCUCAAAAACAAGAAAUUCAGUGACUGUUCCUGGGAAGUAAUCCGUGCUGAGACCAGAAUCCGUUUACAACAGCUGCAUUUCAUAAUGGCACAAGUCAACAGAAGAAACUGA